AAAAGUUGACCAAAAAAGGGGAUAAAAAGGUUGACCAAAAAUUGAAAAGAAAAUGCGAAGAAAGUAGAGCAAAUAUACUUUUCUCGAGGAAGAUCGAGUCUGCUACCUAUAAAUACCUGAGCCUGAGGUAACCGCCAGGUUAACGAUUCCCUUAGUCUCAGAGAAUCAAUCAGAGAUGGCUUCUAAUUCACAAACUACUCUCCCGGAGUACAAGUACGAUGUCUUUCUGAGUUUCAGAGGACCCGACACUCGCAGGCACUUCAUACCUUUUCUCUAUAACGCAUUGGUUCUAGCGGACAUUCGAACCUUCAAAGACGACAAGGAGCUGGAGAAUGGCCAGAGGAUUUCGCCGGAGCUCUUGCGCGCCAUCGAAGAGUCCAAAUUCGCCGUCGUUGUGAUCUCACCGAAUUACGCAGAGUCCGCUUGGUGCCUCGACGAGCUCGUCAAGAUUAUGGAACUCCAAGACAAGGGCUUGCUCACCGUGAUACCCAUCUUCUACGACGUGGACCCAGGUCAUCUGAGGCGGCAGAUCGGAGAAGUCGCCGGACAGUUUAAGAAGCACGAGGAGAGAGUAGAUCAUGAGACAGUGCUCACGUGGAGGCAAGCAUCAACCGCAUUGGCGAAUAUCGUCGGCGAGUGUUCACUGAAACGGGGAGAUGACUCGAAGAUGAUCGACGAAAUUGUUAAGGGGAUAUUGAGGUCGAUUGAUACAACACCAGUCAAUGGAAGUGACAUAGUAGGGAUUGAUAAGCACAUGAAAGCCAUCUUUAGGUUAGUAGAUUUGAAUUCUAAGAAAGGUGUGAGAGUGGUUGGUGUCUGGGCAACAGGAGGCAAAACUAGAUCGGUUCUCUCUAAAUUCGUUUAUCAGAAGAUCUGUCAACACUUUCAAAGCCAUUGUUUCAUGGGAAACCUGAAAAGGAUAUGUGAGGAUCACCACAUGUCGCAUCUACAUAAAGAGUUUCUGGCGAGGGUCCAAGGAGAAGGCUUGACUAGAUCAAGGUUCGAGAACCAAAAGGUUCUGCUUGUGGCAGACAACGUUACUAAACUUGACCAGUUAGAUGCUCUUGCAGAGGAUUUCAACUGUUUUGGUCCGGGAAGUUUAGUUAUCGUCACUACACAAGACCGGCAGCUGCUUAAGUCCUACCGCAUAAAGCUUGUUUACGAAGUAGAGCGCCUGAGAUUCAAGAAAGUUCGUGAACUCAUUCGACGGUUAUCCUCGUCGGGUUCUUUAUUAAGGGAUGAUGAAGCGAAGAUUGUCGAUGGAAUUACAGAGAAAAGAUCAAAGAUGAUCUCAGCAACACCUACCAAUGGUAAUUACCUCAUUGGUAUAGACGAGCAUUACCUCAUUGGUAUAGACGAUCACAUGAACAAGUUGUAUCCAUUACUUCAUCUGAAUUCAAACCAAGGUGUUGAAGUCGUUGGUAUAUGGGGAAGAGGAAGCAUCAGUAGAUCAGUACUAGCUAGACACGUCUACGAAAACAUCUCCUAUAACUUUGAAUCUCGUUGUUUUCUCGAAGACGUGGGAAGGAUCUCUCUACACUGCCGUAGAUCUCAUCUCCAAGAAGAGCUUUAUUCCAAGAUGCAAGGAGAAGGCUUUAGCUCAAAUAUCCCUCGUAAAUCUCUCAAAACUAUCGAAGCAAGACUCAGGAACAAGAAGAUUCUGGUAGUGGCUAAUGACGUAGACAAUAUCGAACAGUUAGAUGCGCUUGCAGAGGAGUUUAUCUGGUUUGGUCCAGGGAGCAGAAUCAUCAUAACCACACAAGAUAGGUCACUGCUUAGUUCAUCGGGGGUGGAGAGUGUCUACGAAGUUGCACUCCUUCGGUCAGUUGCAUUCAAGCAUUAGACCAUAUCCAUUUGUCCAUUUAUUGUUUGUGGACAAAUAGUGACCAUUUUUAUUAAGAAUCAUGUCCAUUAAAAACCAAACCCACUUAAACUCAUGUAAACAUGAUCUGUCAUGGAGUCUAUAACAGACUAUAUAAGUAAAUUUAUUACAAUUCAAAUUUGCUAUAAAGUUCAUUUAAAUAUUCAAACAAUCAUAAUAUGUUUUCGCGAUUUUGCGGGAAAAUACGAUUUUACGAUUUUGACAGGAAAAAUCAAUUUUGGUAGGAAAAUUCGAUUUUGAGAUUUUGGCGUGAAAACUCGAUUUUGUGAUUUUGACGGAAAACUCGAUUUUGAAAUUUUAGCACGAAAACUCGAUUUUGCGAUUUUGGCGGGAAUUUUGAUUUUGUGAUUUUGGGAGAAACUUGAUUUUGUGAUUUUGGCGGAAAACUCGAUUUUAUGAUUUUAGAAAGAAAAGAAAACUCAUCAUGCGAUUUUGGCGGAAAAAAUCGAUUUUGUAAUUUUAGCAGAAAAAUCGAUUUUAAAAAUAUAUUUUUAAUUUUGAUAGAAAUUAAAUGACAAAAUUUUAUAAACUCUUAACUUUUUGUGAUUAUUGAGUAGACAAUGUCCAUAUAGUCCAAAU